AUGGAUGGGACGCGGGCGCGACUGACGACGACGACGACGACGGACGCGGACGUGGGCGCGGACGUGGGCGCGGGCGCGGGCGUGGUGGCGAUCGAUCGAGGUGGAUUGCGACGGGCGCUCGAUCGCGCGUCGAUGGCGCGAGGGAUGGGUGGUGGUGAGCACGGAAAGGGGGAGCGGACGGGAAUGAUUGGACAUUUGAAGCGCGCGAUGGCGUUCGCCGGGGGGUCGAUCCCGGUGAGCGAGUACGUGCGAGAGUGCCUGACGAAUCCCGAACACGGGUAUUACAUGCGAGGGGAUGUGUUCGGGAGAGAUGGGGAUUUCGUGACGAGCCCGGAGAUCUCGCAGGUGUUCGGGGAGGUGCUCGGCGUCUGGGCGGCGCUGCAGCACGAGGCGCUCGGGUCGCCGGGAACGCUGCGAGUGGUGGAGUUCGGGCCGGGUAGGGGGACGCUCAUGGCGGAUCUCUUGAGAGGGACGAGUAAGUUUGAGAAGUUUCGAUCGGCGGUGAGCGUGCACUUGAUCGAGGUCUCGCCCGCGUUGCGAGAGGUCCAGGCGAGGACGUUGCGAUGCGUCGACGUGGAGACGACGUCGGCGGCGGCGGAUGACGGCGGCGCGCGCGUGCGCGUGCCCAAGAACGCGCUCGAGGGCGAGGGAGGGGAAGUAGAUAAAAGAAGUGGCGGCGAUGGGCCCUCGGGUGAGGCGCACACGCGUGGGACGUCCGAGAUUAGUGGCGCAAAGGUUUUCUGGCACGACGGAUUGGAGAGCGUUCCGAACGGGCCAACUUUGGUAAUCUGUCACGAGUUCUUCGACGCCCUUCCGGUGCGACAGUUUCAGCGCACCGAUCGUGGAUGGUGCGAAAAACUCGUCACCAUCGACGCCGAGUUGGCGUCGACGGCGGAGACGGUUGAGGAGACGACGCCGAGACGCGAGUUGGCGAUGGUGCUCUCUCCGGGGCCGACGCCGGCGAGCCACAUGCUCGUCCCUAGGCGAUUAAAGGGGCUUCCCAAAGAACAAGUCGAUAGUUUGCGCUUGCUCGAACUCAGUCCUCCGAGCAUGACGCUCUGGGAUAAGUUGGCCGAUCGCAUCGAGAAGAAUUCCGGCGCCGUGCUCGCAAUCGACUACGGCGAGGAAGGGCCGCUCGGGAACACGCUCGAGGCGAUCAAGGAUCACAAGUUCGUGCACGUUCUGGACAGUCCGGGUGAGGCGGAUCUAUCGGCGUACGUCGAUUUUGGCGCUUUACGUCAAAUCGUGGAGGAGAAGCCGCAGAGAGGGGUGACGUGCUACGGCCCGGUGACGCAGCAGCAAUUGCUUCUCAGUCUCGGAUUGGUCGCUCGCCUCGAGCAGCUCGUGGAGAACGCGGCGAGCGAGGAUCAGGCGAAUGCGUUGGUGAAGGGAUGCGAACGCCUCGUCGGAGACGGCGCGGGGAACGCCGAGACGGGCGAACCACCGGGCAUGGGCGUUCGGUACAAGGCGAUGUGCAUGGUUUCCAGGGGGUUGCCGAAACCGGUGGGAUUUUCAUAA